AGCAAAGAUAAUCCUCGAUUGCGGAAGGGCUUACGCAGGAGUAGAAUACAGCUCUUUUUGUUUAACAGAUAAAUUCCACUGGAAGAGAGAUUUAUAAAUAAAAUGGUUGCACCAACUGAUGGAGUUGUAAAGAAAAGGUGUUAUGAAGAUGAUGAAACUGGAGGACACAACCGGAAGGCUAAAAAAAAGAGAAAGAUUGAGAAAAAUGACAUUCAGUCAAAGCAUCAGAAAAUUAAACUUUCCAGUGAAGUGAAGACACCCAGUUUGUCUACUCAAAUGUUUGGAGAAGGACAAAUCAGCUAUGAGCAACUGUGUGAGUUUCUCAAGUAUGCCACACAGGGAAAACAUCACAAUGUCACUCAGCCCAGUUGGUGUCGUAUCCACCAUCAAAGGCAUUUGGCUGGUGUCAUGGUGGUAAUUUUGCAUGAUGUGGAUCAGCUCCAUUUUUACCGGUAUUACCUGCAGUUCAAACAUCUCCGAAAGACCUUCAAACAUCGUUUUUCUCUGCCUGCCCUUUCUGGUUACUUUAUCAAAAAACUUGGUGGAUUGGGCAAAGACGACAGUCAACAGCUCAGCAGGGAAGAGAGGGAUGAAAUUCCCAUAAUUCAGAAACACACAGAAAAGGUCUGCAGACUCUCCAGUUAUGUUUUAACUCCCGAGGAGAUGCGCGUCUACGAUUACCCCAUAGAAGGUUGCGCCGACCGCAGCCAUUUUGUCCACACCCUCUGCAACGGCCCGGUUACGGAUAGUAGCCCCCUCUUCGGACUGGACUGCGAAAUGUGUCUCACCGAUAAGGGGUCAGAACUCACCCGAAUUGCCCUGGUGGACAGCCACGGCCAGUGCAUUAUGAAUGAGCUUGUCAAGCCAAAACGGCCAAUCAGGAAUUACCUUACCUGUUACUCCGGCAUCACGGAGAAGCUGCUAGGCCCCGUGCAAACUACCCUCGCGGAAAUCCAGAGCCAACUGAAGAGUAUUCUGCCUCCGGAUGCCGUUUUAGUGGGCCACUCCUUAGAUGCUGAUCUCCGCGCUCUAGAAAUGAUUCACCCGAACGUUAUAGACACUUCGCUUCUCUACGUCCGGAAAGGGGGGAAAAGGUUCAAGCUGAAAUUUUUAGCAGCUGCUGUUUUAGGGAAAGAAAUUCAGAGCACGGGCCAAUUGGGUCACGAUCCCACCGAAGACGCCCAGUCUGCUCUUGAGCUGGCCCAGUAUUUCAUUGAACAUGGACACAGGAAAGUUGCAGAAUUGAAUCUGGAAGCCAGAUUGUCCGAGCAAGGGAAGAUGGGAGAGACAGAGACCAAGGUCAAGGUGGAACAAAAUGAGAGGAUGGAGAAAGCGGUACCAAACUCCAGCCUUUUAGACAACUUCAGUGAAAAAACAGAUGAUGUUCAGAAACAUACGGCUUCCUCAAAUGAGCAAAUUCUCCAGAAAGCCCUGGAAGAGAUUCCUAAAUCUCCCGUUAACGUAAUUCAAUUGGCUUUGGGUUCGAAGCACGUCACGGCUGACCUCCUCGCCGAAGCCACUUCGAAGAUGAGGGCCAAGCUUUCGGACCUGCUCACCAUCUAUGUUGGCCCUUUGAGCAAAGACGUUGGUCUGAAGACUGUGGAAAAGGCCUUUGGGAAAUGUGGCCACAUUCAGACGAUCCAGGUCAUUUCAGAAACGUUGAAGCCCCACCUCUCUAUCCAAUAUGAAGUGUUGGAAGGUGCACAACUGGCUUUGGAAGACCUGAACGGAGCAGAAAUCGGAGGAUCGGUCCUCAAGGUUCAGAGGCCCAUCACCGAGAUGACCCUUGAGGUUGAGAUGCUGUUGCAAGAGCUGGAAAGAGAUCCCGAAAACGAAGCCACCCUUUACUUGGCCGGAUUGAGGAAAUGCCAAGAGGAGACGGAGCUGCGUGAACAGUUGGGCCCUUUGGAAGGUUUACAGUCUAUUUUUUGGCCAAGAAAUCUCCAGACCGGAAGACAAAAGAAUUACUGCUUUCUGAGAUUCCAGAGCCCAGAGUGCACCUGCAAGGCCCUCCCAAUCCUUCAAGGGAACAAAUCCUUCCGGAAGAGCCGCAGAGCCCUCACCUCUCCCACCUUCUUCCAGUGGGCCGGUCUGGGGAAGGAGAAGGGCCAAGGAGGGGCAGAGGCGCCCCAGAAGCAGCGGCAGCAACCCUUGGAUCAGGAACUUGGUUUAAAGAAAGCCAUCAAGAAACUGGACCGCCACGUCAAAACCCUCUACGAACAGGUCCCAGAGAAUACACUUUGCCUCGUUCUGUUACCAGGCGCCAAGAGGUUCUCCGACUCUCUUAGCGGCCUCAGCCUUGUGGGAAUCAAAGGCGAAAGGAGCAUUUCCACGUCCUGCUAAAAACCCUCAAGGACUCCCCCUGGUUAUUAUUAUUAUACUUCCUUUUUUUUUGGCGGGAAAAACAGCCCCCUCUUGCUCGCGCAACCUCAAUGCUUCCAAGCUUUGCCAAGCAAUUUUGUUUUGUUUUUUUAAAGAAUUCAAUGAUUAUUAUUUUUUUCCAAGGCAUCCGACCAUCUCAAGAAUUCGAUUCCAUUGUUAAUGCAGGAGACCUUUUAUUUUUUUUUAUUUUUUUUAAAGGCUCCCUGCAGACUGCCAGAUGUUGGGGGGACUUUCUGGAGGGAGGGGUGGGAGCAACAGCAGAAAAAGAUGGUAGUUGGCACCGAAUUCAGCUUCUCAGCCUGGCGCUUGAAAAGUUUCCGUGCCGUUUCUGGACAGCAACAUUUUCCAAGGCUUGGCUUUCGAUUUUAAUUGUUAUUUUGAAAAAAGAGAGAGAGGACGGAACGGUUCAGCGCCUGUGAAAUUUAUUCCCUCUACAGGCAGCCCUUGACUUACGACCACCACUCUUGAGCUUCAGAAUUCCUGUUGCUAAGCGAGACGGUUCUGGAGUUUUGCUCCGUUUUUUUUUUUGCAGCCUUUCUUGCCGCUGUGGUUCAGUGAAUCAGUCGUAAAGUGAGCCACGCAGCUGUGAGGCGAAUCCGGGUUUUCCCACUGACUUUGCUCAUCAGCAAGUCGUAAA